CUGCCGCAGCUCCGCAUGGAGGGUGAUCACAACCUUUGGAUCGUCGAGGCUGGAGCCCAGUCCUGCGCUAGAGGCAUCAUCACCUGCACGGCGCAGCUGGAGGAGGUGCUGGAGCUGGCAGAGAAACGCCUGACACCGCCGCUGACCGUCCUGGGCACCGAGUUCGACCUUCGGCAACAGCUUCUGGUGAGCGACUGGAGCCUGCUCACCGUCUGGUUCUACCGGGACAGCUACGUGCGCUUCUGCUCCCGGCCCUUCUCCAUGCACUGCCUGCAUCGCUCCCAGCAUCUCUGCAACGUCGUCAUCCAGAAGCAGUGGAGGCUGGCUCGGGGCCGGCAUCCCAGACUGCCCCGUGACAUGAUCUGGUCCAGCCAGCAGUUCCAGCUGUACCUUCAGGGAGCGGGACACGCAGAGGUCUGGGAGAAGCUCAUUGUCCCUGGCAUGAAGGAGGUGCUGGUGCCUGCCCUGCGCAGCACCCAGGAGCUGGUGGAGGUGCGCAAGGGCAGCUUCGAGCUCUACGGAGCGGACUUCACGUUCCAGGAGAAUUGCCAGCCCUGGCUGCUGGAGAUCAACACACAUCCAUCCCUGGAGCCCUGCUCAACGGUGCCCCGGCGGCUCUGUGCCGCUGUCCUGCGUGACGCGCUGCGCCUGGUCCUGGACCACAAGGAGAACCCUGUCUGCUCCACCAGUGCCUUCGACCUCAUCUACAAAGAGGUGGGUUGGGGGGCUCUGGGGUGGGCACCCUGAGCCCCCACUCCCCGCCCAAACAUGAGCAGCUUGUGCCCAGACAGCCAAGAAGCCACCAGCAUCCUGGCCUGUCCCAGCACCAGUGUGGCAGCAGGGCCAGCGCAGUGACUGUCCUCUGCUUUUCCAACCCACUUCUUCCAUUUCUUGCUGCAGGCAACAGUGGCCGCGCCUCCUGAUGUGGGGCUGGAGCAGCUGGUGGAAGGCUACUCACUAAUGAAGCCCCAGCUGGAAGAGCAACAACCCCAGGCCA